UAUAUACGAGGGGAAGAAAAAGAAAAAAUCGUUUUCGGAGUCGUCAUUUUCCCCCACAGCAGGAUUCGAACUCUCUGGAAAACCAAGCCUCAUCUUCGUCGUCCCUUUACAUCUAAGUCGCUUUGCGUGAAUGGCCGACCUCAAAGUCUGCGUUAAAUUCCCGUGAAGAAGCUACCGUCGAUUGGAGGUCUGUUGCUCGGAGUCGUUGCGACUAUCGCCGGAGAACUUUCCGUGUUUCUUCUGAGGUUCUGAUCGGUGAAGGUCUCCGGAUCGAAAGUUCGUCACCUAUGAUAUAUGAUUCGUAGUUUCUGAUUUUGCUUACUCUCUGAUUUUCUAUUCUGGCUGCUAGUUCCUUGGAAUUCUCUUGGUUAGGUAAUGUGUCUUUUGAAUGUUUAGAUUGUAGUGAUUUUGUAGGUUCUUGAAUCGAUGUUCGUUUGAUCUAUUAGGUUCGUUUCAGUUUCCGACAACACUAUGAAUGGAGAAGAAGGCAAAUCUGUUGAGUUCGCUCUCUUUUAGAUCCUUUGGAUACGAAAGCGGCAAUUAGCUUUAGCUUCUUCGCUAGAGAUCCUUUCAUCACACCGUGUGAUGCUGUUUCGGAGAAAUUAGGUGGAAAUAGUAGCGUAGUUUGAAUUCCUCAUUCGCUUGGAUAGAACUCCAUUCCAUUUUCGUAGCAAAUAAAUUAGUUAGAAAUGAGGGAUUAGUGUUUGAGCUUUAGGUUGGAUGGGUAGCAAAGGAGAUUGUUCAAUAUCUGCUUUGCCAGAGAUUAGAAAUUCCAGUCCGAUAAAUUUUCCGAAUGGGUCUAUGAAUGAUGAUCAGAACUAUGACACCCCUCAGCAAAUGUGGUUCCUCGCAUAGACAAUGGCAGCAGGGAUUUCAUUUAUUUGGAUAUUAUGAUUUCUGUAGCAAAAUUUUUGAGGUUGUGACCAAAACCUAGACCUGAGAUAGCCUUUGAGUCGGCAAAGGAGGUUGGACUUUUCGGGGAUCCUUGGUUUCUGUUGGAGAUGUUUUAGGUUCUGUCUCAUGAUCGAAAGCCAGAUUGAAUGCGAAACUGAUGAAGAAUUCAGGAGCUAUGAUCCAGAAUAAGUUUAUUUAGUAUGUGGUUCCUUGAAAUAUGCUCUAUUUCAAGCUAUGAAUUACUGGGAUAACUCCUAGGUUAAAGUGGUCAAUUUGUUCUCCUUUGUCAGUUAGCUGCUACCGUUUGUUUGGGCUUCAUGACUGUUCCUCUUCAGUAACCCAGUCUUCUUAACUCCUCUACACUAGUAGGUUCCUUCUUCAUCUAGCUCUCUACAGCAACCGAUUAUCAUGACACCCUCUCCAUUUGCUAGCUGAAGGAUCUGCUUAUCAUUUUUUAUGUGUGCUUCGUAUUUUCCGAUCUUACCUAGGAUGGAUGAAAAGGGGUUUCAUUUAUUCUUUCUUGAAGAUGGCUGCCUGUUUGGUCGCUAUUGCUGUAGUUCGUCUAUCUCAGCUCCCUUGCACCUAACGAGUUUCUUAGGGGUUUGAAGCAAAUCAUUUGGUUAGACUCUUUGGGUGAGAUUCAUGCUUAGUAUGCCAAGGUUGUCAUCUUGAUAGCAGAAUACUCCUGGUAAAGGCAUUCAAUUGCUGUAAUUUCUCUGAUAGCUGGAAUCCUGUUUAGAUGAGAGAAACAGGUUAGCCUUACAGUUGGGGUUUAAUAAAUCAAGGGAUGCUUUGUUAACUUUUGGUUUUGGAAAGGAUCUUUUGGUAAGUUUGCUGAAGAAAACCGGUGCAGAGUUGCAAUCUGGAGGUUGAGCGUCUAUUAUCUGGUCACGACUGGAUAAUUUCCCCAGACUUCAAGGAUUCAAGUGCACAUGCAAUGUGUUAAGCUAAUAUUUCUCCAUUGGAGGCUCCAUCAACCAUCAGUGCCAUGUUUAGUUGUUAAACAGGAUAAAUGUUAAUCUUCUUUGUUUGAUCCUCUUGGUGUAUGCUGAUUGGAGCCAUUCCAUAACCGGAUUAUCAUGCUGCUGAUUUGGAUUGGUCUGCAACAGUAUAGAAGGAAGCAACAAUGUCCUCAAGUGUUUGCCUGGCUUUUUCAGGUGACAGAUGAUAUUUUGAAAAGCGAGAAUAUUUUCUAAUUCUUUUCUUAUUUUCAGGUAUUAUAAGCAUACCACCAGUUGAUGUUUUCUGCCAAUACCAUCAAAAGGCUCAUUCUUAACGGGAGACGUAGUCUUCAAAGCUUCCACUCAGCAAUCUCAGCAGCCUAACCUGCAGAAGCUUAAAAUGGAGCCUAGAAGCCCAUUCCAUCAGCUGAAAAAUGAAGAAUCUCAGCCGUCAAUGCUGAAAAAGGGAGCAUCAGAUAAUGAGAGAAACGAAGCCCUUGAUAGAGGAUUAAUGGAGCAUGGAUGUCCCCAUUACCGAAGAAGGUGUCGUAUAAGAGCUCCUUGCUGUAAUGAGAUCUUUGGUUGCCAUCAUUGCCAUAAUGAGGCUAAGAACAACAUGAAUGUCGAUCAGAAACUGAGGCACGAUAUUCCUCGGCACCAAGUUAAACAGGUUAUUUGCAUACUCUGUGGCACUGAACAGGAGGUUGGUCAAUUCUGUGUCAACUGUGGAGUGUGUAUGGGAAAGUACUUCUGCGAGGUUUGCAAACUCUUCGAUGAUGACACGUCUAAGAAGCAAUACCACUGCAACGGUUGUGGUAUUUGCAGAAUUGGCGGACGUGAAAAUUUCUUCCACUGUUACAAGUGUGGCUGCUGCUUUUCGAUCCUUCUCAAGAACAGCCACCCUUGUGUCGAAGGAGCAAUGCAUCACGACUGCCCCAUUUGCUUUGAGUACCUGUUCGAAUCAAGGAAGGAUGUGACGGUCUUGCCUUGCGGACACACGAUCCAUCAGAAAUGCUUGGAGGAAAUGCGAGAGCAUUAUCAAUACGCAUGCCCGCUCUGCUCGAAAUCAGUAUGCGACAUGUCAAAGGUGUGGGAGAAGUUUGACAUGGAGAUUGCAGCAACCCCGAUGCCAGAGCCCUAUCAAAACAAAAUGGUUCGGAUUCUAUGCAACGACUGCGGGAAGAAAUCGCAAGUGCAAUACCAUGUGGUGGCUCAGAAGUGCCCUAACUGCAAAUCAUACAACACACGCCAAACCAGAGGCUAAAAAAAGUAAAGUUGAGUGAGUGUGCAUCCUUUCAAAUCAAUUGCUCUUGUUUUGCUAUAAUGCAACCUGAUGAGCUUCUAUGGUGGUACCAAAGUCGGCUAUAAUCCUGGAAGCUCCCUCGGGAUGUUUCUCGGGUCGGGUGAUGUCAAUGUCGUCUCUCUCUUUUCUGCAUCGGGUCGGGUUUUUUCUUUCUUUCUUUCUUUCGUUUCCUUCUACUCCGAUAUUAGCCUCUAUGUUCAUGAAUUGUGGUUGGGAAUGUGUGUUUGGGAUUCAAUCUGGAUCUUUGCAAGAGUUAUCCUGUUUGUUCAUGAGAUACUGUUUUUUUACGUUUGGUUUCUUCCGCCGCUCCAUCAUCUUCUGUUUUUCUCCUGUGUGUUUUUUUGUUACAACUUGGUUGUGUCUACAAAAUAUUGAAUCACGUUUUCUUUUA